AUGUCGCGAUUCCUCGUGGAAAGGACAUUGAAGGCAGGUACAAAUGCCCAAGCCACCAGUGCAGUGCUAUCCCGAAACCUGCGCCAACAAAUCCCCUCCAUAGCCCGUGCAGCGGGCAUUUAUUACUACACAGAUGAUGGACGAGAGGUGAUAGACGCGUGCGGUGGCUCUGCCGUGGCAUGUCUCGGCCAUGACAACGCCAGGGUCAAGGCGGCGGUUCAAAGACAAAUGGAAAGCGUCCCGUAUUGCCAUAGCCAAUUCUUCACCACACGCACGAGCGAAGAGCUAGCGAUGAAAGUCGAAGCCUCUUCAGAUGGGAAAAUGGCGAGGCUACUCACGCUGAGCUCGGGGUCAGAGGCGUUGGAAGCAGCUCUCAAAGUUGCGCGACAAUAUUACCUGGAACUCCCAGAUCCUCAGCCGCAAAGAAUCCAUUUCAUUGCUCGGACCCCUUCAUAUCAUGGAGCAACACUGAAGACCUUGGCAGUUGGAGGCCACUUGAGUCGACGUGCGCUGUUCGAGCCAAUAUUAUCAGACAGCAGUGCCAAAGUAUCUCAAUGCAAUCCAUAUCGAGAAUUGCGACCAGGAGAAUCAUUGAAAACAUACGUUGCCCGACUUGCAACUGAAUUGGACGAUGCAUUCUGUCGUUUUCCAGCGGGCACGGUCUGUGCCUUUGUGGCAGAGACAGUGACGGGUGCGUCGACCGGGAGCGUGCCUCCUGCAGAAGGUUACUUUGCCGCAGUCAAAGAAGUUUGUGAGAAACAUGGCGCACUCCUCAUCUUGGACGAGGUCAUGUGCGGUAUAGGUAGGACAGGGACCAUGCACGCCUGGCAACAAGAAAAGGUUGUCCCAAAUAUCCAAGUCAUCGGCAAAGGGUUUGGGGCAGGCUAUGUACCAAUCUCAGGCGUGCUUAUUGACCAUGAAGUGAACAAGGUCCUAGAAUCGGGUUCUGCAAAGUUUUCCCACGGACAGAGUUUCCAGGCCCACCCAUCUGCAUGCGCGGCAGCUUUGGAAGUUCAGAAGAUCAUCCACGAGGAGGAUUUGCUAGCCAAUGUGCGAGCAAUGGGCAGCCGGCUUGCCAGCGCGCUCCAAGCAAAGAUAGGCUCGCACCCGAACGUGGGCGAUAUACGGGGUCGAGGCUUGUUCUGGUCAGUAGAGUUUGUAAAGGAUAAUAACCUCCCCUUCCCGGCGGAGCGGAAUGUGGGCUAUUCGGUCCACGAGUUGGCAAUGCAGGAGCCGUACAACUUGUGUGUGUACCCAGGCAAAGGGACCGUGGAUGGCAUUUCUGGAGACCAUGUGUUGAUCGCACCGCCUUACAACGUCACGCCCGGAGAAAUCGAUAUGAUCGUGGAGAGAUUGGCUGCAGUGCUGUUCGACUUCUUCCGCGAGGAUAGAGACAUGGGAAGGGUUGACCCCCGCCAGUGGUAA